AUGCCAACUCCGAGUAACAACUCGCCUUCGGCGAUCGCCGCCCGCACAACAUGCCCAGAGCCUGAGAGGAUAUCGGCCUGGCGAGACUCUCCCGAUACUGUAAACAACGAUUCUGCCGACGUUCUCUCACCUGAUAAUUCAAUUGCGCCCUCCGUACUGAGUCGAUCUGAUGUCGGCACCACUCCUGAACCGAUGAAGGCGGAGGGAAAGUUGACCGGCGUUGAGGAAGAUGACCCAGUCCGAGCUACCUCCCCAGCCGAGUCAACCUGCCUUCGCAGCCAGUCACCAGUAGCACCCCCGGGAUCUUCACUUCUCAACUGGGAAUUCUCCAAUGUUCGUCUUCUGCCGAACCACACCUCGUUUCUUCGUUCAGGCAGUAAGUUCGCCGGAACUCAGCAAUCAGAUCGUCAUGUAUACAAUGUCGAUGUCGAGAUUAAGCAUGUGGAUAUGGCCGAGUCCUAUCUUUGUGGCUACCUGAGAAUCCAAGGCCUCACGGAAGAUCACCCUACCUUGACGACAUUUUUUGAGGGAGAAAUCAUUGGUACAAAACACACUUUCCAGACUCGUAAUGAGGAAUGGGGCGCUUCGGAGAAGACAGACCUGCACCAUUGGUCUCGGUUUCCUGCCUGGCGUCCGCUGGCUAAACAAGCCAAAAGAGCGGAUUUCACGUAUCGGAACUUCGCCCAGCGUGAACACAUAUUCAUGAGAUGGAAGGAAUCUUUCCUUGUUCCUGAUCAUCGAGUACGGACAAUCUCAGGUGCUAGCUUUGAAGGAUUCUAUUACAUCUGCUUCAACCAAAUCGAGGGAACUGUGAGCGGGGUAUACUUCCAUGCGAAGAGCGAGCGGUUUCAACAGCUCGAACUCAAGCAUGUCGAAGAUCGUGGAUGUGCACCAGCAGUCGAAUUCCGCUAA